AUGUUUGAUCCACUUCAGUCGUCCACCUACAAGAACCAGAGAUGCUCCACCAGCUUUUGCACGAUAUUGCCCCAAUAUGGUUGCACCAGCAACCAACUUUGCUGGUUCAGAUAUUCCUAUGUUGACAAAUCCAUUGUAGAAGGGAUUCUAGCCUUCGAGAUGCUCUUGUUUGAGGAUGGUGCCAGCAAUGUCAAGCUUCCAGGAAUUGUCUUUGGUUCCGUUCAUAGUGAGGGCAAUCCUAAUCCUGCCUUGCUUAAAGUUCCUGGCCUUGUUGCCUCAGCGGUGGUCCUCUCUCGCUUCAAUGAAAACAAUUCCCUGGGACAGCUCAGAUUCGGUGAGGAUGCAGAGUUUUCAGGCAAGGUAGAAGUUCAAGAAACUCCAAUGGUACCAGGUGGUUCUCAGGGCACGUAUUAUGUUCUCAACCUAAUUGACAUAAGCGUCGGGGACAACAGAUUCAACAUACAAUUUGGUGGUUCAAAGAUGACUGCAUUGUUGAGAGAUGCCAGAUCGAUCAUCAUAGACUCGGGCACCAUGCUCACUUUUCUUGCUAAAGAUGUGUAUGGUCAAGUAGUAAAUGCGGUGGCUAAUGUCAUAAACCAUGAACGCUUCUAUCCUCUUGAGAAAGAUUUACUUUACUGGAAGCUGCCACCUUCAAACAUCUUUGUAAUGUUUAGAAGUGGAAUCGCCUGCUUAGCCAUUGAAGGCGGGGAGAUGCCCAUGUUCGGGAAUGCUGCACAGCAAAACAUGCAUGUCAAGUAUGAUCUGGGCCAUGGACUGCUUUCUUUCGCACCAACUGAAUCUUCGGAUGCUGCUUAA